AGGUAGUUGAGCCCCUCCUCCACGAGCAGUCUGAUGAUUCUGUUGCUGUAGAAGAUAAAGUCCCCGCGCUGAGUCGUCUUGUCUCGGAUAAUGGUGAGCAGUGCUAUCAGCUGGUGCGUCUGGCGCAAGACAGCAACAUUAGCGUGCUCCACCUGAGUAGACACAGUGGCCCCGUCUGACAUGGCUGCUCACAGGCUCAGGAAAGAAAUGACAAAUGUCCAAAGAGCAGCUGGGCCCUGGCAAAAGGCGCAAGUUGUCGACCUCUUAAGCGUCUAUCUGCUCCGCCUGCUCGUCGUCGCGUGAAGCCGAAAUCCGCGAAACGAGCAAACAGGCGCUGAAGGGACGUCACCCGGCCUGCGACUUGCUGCUCCCGGUGGCCCUUGUCGAAGCCUGUCUUCAUUGGCUCUCAUUCACCAUCGCACGAGUAUGGCGAUGCAGACGUGAGUGACUCAGCUAUCUGGACCAUGAAGCGCACGCCUGGACGCACCUAUGGCAGCGGGCGCAAGUUUGGCGCAUCGACCUCAAGCCAGGCACAGUGGGAUGAAGGCAUCGACAACCCAAACGCUUCUCAUGCAGUGGAUCAUUCUCCUGUAACUUAUUCGUCCAUCAGCGCCGACUUGCCCGAGCGGUCGAGAGUGACUAAGGCCAAACGACCAGCGGAGGUCGACAUCUAUGACUUUGAUGCAGAGGAGCAGAAGCGCCUCAAGCCAAGUAAGCCAAGCAGUAAAGCGGUCAUCGAUCACAGCAAAAACGUUUCCAGGCGUCCCGUCAGUAUACUUAAAGCUCAGGCAAAGAAGAUUAAUGCGGGAAAGACAUCCAAUGGAAGCCCAGUCAACGCAAAUAAGGAUGUUGCUAGUCCUUCGAGUCGUAAGACGCAACGUACCAUCGCUUCUACAGAAUCUCCAGCUCCAUCCAGGUCACCAAGGAAGCGAACGAUUGCCUCUCCGGUGAAAGCUGCACAGAGUCCAUCCAAGGCAAAACUUCCUCAAAACGAGCCGACCGCGAAAUCUCCAGUAGCCAUCCAUACGCCAGAGAAACGGACGAGAACCCCCUCUGCCAAGAUCCGCUCUGCAAUCAAACAGACAUUGGCCGAACCUUCCACGAGAUCUUCAGAACCAGUUGCUUCACCGGGAAAACGCCUGCGCACACUUUCUGCUGCAACUAGUCCAGUCGUUCCUUCAGCCGCUAAGCCCAAGUCAAGCACGACUCCGAAACCAAAGGACAAAACUCCAACACGAAGAAGUCUCAGGUCUGCCCAAAAGGCAGAGGUGUUGCCAGCAGAUACUCAAACACCAGCAGCACCAGCGGAGGAAAGCAUGCCGACGCGAUUGACCACGCCUCCUCCAUUACAGCAGUCAGUGUUCUCGCCAAAUUCACCUCGUCUCUCUCCGCAGCAAAAAGCUAUGUACGAUGCAUUCGGGAAAUCGGCUAGCGGUGCAAAACUCGAUGCUCGCCCACGCCGCUUGAUGGAGGCACUGGCACACUCAAAAGUCGAACGGCGUCAGGCUUCGCAAGAGGAUCAAAGAAGCCAUGAGUCACCUCACAAGAACAUGGUUGAGAUGGCAGAAUCAAAUCUCGAACAGCAACCUCUCAUCGCCAUUGAGUCGGAAACACAGAGUCAAGAGGCCCCAGAAGCUAUGGCCUCUGCAGCUGAGAGUCCUCUGGAACAGCCGGCUCCUUCCGCACGUGCGACCUACUCAAAGCAAAGGACAUAUCUUGCAGAAGACAACCAAAUCGACAAUUACAUCAAUGGCUCACAAGCAAGAGCGCCAGAGUCGAGCGAGAGCGACAAUGACGCUGAGGCCCAGUCUAAUAUCAGGAAUUUGCAUGAUUUACGCCAAAGUGGCGAGACAAAACGACUGAUUGACGACAUUGAAUAUCUCUUGGAAGGUCUCGAGAAGGAAAAGACAAUGCUUGCCACUCUACUGGAGCUGAGUGACAAACUCAUUUCCAAAGACUUCAGUCGCACGUUUCGGGCCAUGCAUUACGACGCCAGAGUUUUGGAGGUCUGCAAGGAUGUGACCCACCCCUUACUGCUGGCUUGUUGUAUGUUGCUCUUGGUUGCUUGUCGUGCGCAAGACAAUGGACGCGACCGAAGUCGCAAAGCCUGCGACACAGAGCUUGUGCGCCGCGCAUUGGCCGACGAUCGUGAUAUUGCCGUUCUCUGCAAGGAUCGCAAGCUGAAGGUGAGCAAGCUUAAUCAAGGUGCUGUCGAAGACCUCAGGCAGAAGCUCUCGAAAACCGAAGCAUUCUCCGGAGCUGCAGCAGAGCUAGCAAUCUCGCCAAGAAUUCUUGCGCUAAUGGUCUGCAAUGUCUCUUCGUUCCCUUCCCAAUUUUCUCGGACCAAUUUGUGGCCAUUGUUUGCUUCGCUCGAUUUGUGCUCCUCAUCAAUUCUUCUUGAGGCGCAAUUACUUUUCGCCGCUGUGGAACAGUCGCCCCUCGAUGUGAAUGAAGACAUUCCUUCAGACUCUAUUGGGCCACUCAUGUCGCUUGGUUCUCAUCUGCUAGAGUGUGCAAGCGAUCCCACAACUCAUGUGCCUCUUGGCAGCACGCUGCGAGCUCUGAUUCAUGCGUUACAAGGCAGUACACCUUGUGCCCAUUUGUUCACCUCGCAAUUUGUUGGUAAGACAAUGCUCGUCUUAUCAGAAAAGGUGCCAGAGGCUGCAGAGACGGAUGACGAGAUAAUUUUAUGUCUCGGAGUACUCAUUGCGCUUGCAGAUGGCUCUGAGCAGGGCAAGAAGUUAAUCCGUGACAACAGCAAGACUGGCAUGUCGUCGUUGUUGUCGCAGCUGUCGACCAGGCUGAACAAUCAGCGCAUGGAUGCAAUCAGUGGCUACAUGGCACUGCUCGCGUACCACCUUGGCCUUCACCUGGAGCCUGGAGCCGAUGUGCAAAGUAUCCGCCAGGGACUCCGAAUUCUGGUCGAUGCUCCAGAAAUCAACACACUGCUCUCUGAAACAAUCAGAGCAUAUGUGAACGCUCUGUGACAUUGCCUCUAGUACUCUAUAGCCUGGCAAAUAGGAUCCACCGCAAGUAGCUUGACUCCAUCUGAAGCCUCACGUGUGAUCGCAAGACUCGAG